GAGCUUAGUCGCCGCGAGAGCUAGAAGCGACUGCGUGACCCUCCUCUUCGUCCUGGUCUCGUGGUACAAGGCAGACUCCGCAACUCCCUCCAGGUCGUCAUGAGCACCCUCCUGGCGUGCCUCGCCUUGCUGGCGGCCACAGCGAGCGGCCAGAAGAGCAGCGGCUUCCAGCAGGAGGACCCCUGCAAGACCAAGAGCCGCGUGGUGGCCGACGCCACCCACUGCGACCGCCUGUGGGAGUGCGUGGGCGGCCAGCCGGAGCUGUACGACUGCCCCAACGGGCUGGUGUUCGCCGGCAAGAACCGCGGCGUCACGGAGGGCUGCGACUACCCCUGGCGCGCCAACUACUGCGAGGGCAAGCAGCUGGCCAACGGGCCGAUCUCGACGGAGCACUGCGGCUGGCUGUACGGCAUCUUCGGCCACGAGACGUCGUGCACGCGCUACUGGACCUGCUGGAACGGCACUGCCACGGAGCAGCUGUGCAUCGGCGGCCUGCUCUACAACGAGGUCACGCACUCGUGCGACUGGCCGCAGAACGUCGAGGGCUGCCAGAAGCACCCUCUCUGCAACGACGAGGCGAACGGGAACGUGCCCCUGGGGAAGUCGUGCAACCGCUACUGGCAGUGCCAGGGCGGCUACCCGCGCCUGCAGCGCUGCCCGGCGCAGCUGGUGUUCGACCGCAGAUCGCUGCGCUGCGUGGUGCCGCCCACAGAGGACUGCGACGUGCCCACCACGACGCCGCCGCCGCUCGACGAGCUGCAGGGCGACGGGGAGCAGAACUUCCCUCGACCCCGUGGCGGCGAGGAGCCGCCCAACCUGCCGCCCGGCGCCGUGCCGCUGCCCUUGAGGAACCGACCCAGGAACUAGUGUACUCCUCGCCCUCUGCUGACCUUGAGGAGCUGAGCCCAUCAUCCAGAACCGUCAUGCUCAUACUCCUCGCCCUCUGCUGACCUUGAGGAGAUGAGCCCAUCAUCCAGAACCGUCAUUCUCGUACUCCUCGCCCCUCUGCUGACCUCUAGGAGCUGAGCCCAUCAUCCAGAACCGUCAUGCUCGUACUCUUCGCCCUCUGCUGACGUCGAGGAGCUGAGCCCAUCAUCCAGAACCGUCAUGCUCGUACUCCUCGCCCUCUGCUGACCUCGAGGAGCUGAGCCCAUCAUCCAGAACCGUCAUGCUCGUACUCCUCGCCCCUCUGCUGACCUCUAGGAGCUGAGCCCAUCAUCCAGAACCGUCAUGCUCGUACUCCUCGCCCCUCUGCUGACCUCUAGGAGCUGAGCCCAUCAUCCAGAACCGUCAUGCUCGUACUCCUCGCCCCUCUGCUGACCUCUAGGAGCUGAGCCCAUCAUCCAGAACCAUCAUGCUCGUACUCCUCGCCCCUCUGCUGACCUCGAGGAGCUGAGCCCAUCAUCCAGAACCGUCAUGCUCGUACUCCUCGCCCUCUGCUGACCUCGAGGAGCUGAGCCCAUCAUCCAGAACCGUCAUGCUCGUACUCCUCGCCCCUCUGCUGACCUCGAGGAGCUGAGCCCAUCAUCCAGAACCGUCAUGCUCGUACUCCUCGCCCCUCUGCUGACCUCGAGGAGCUGAGCCCAUCAUCCAGAACCGUCAUGCUCGUACUCCUCGCCCCUCUGCUGACCUCGAGGAGCUGAGCCCAUCAUCCAGAACCGUCAUGCUCGUACUCCUCGCCCCUCUGCUGACCUCGAGGAGCUGAGCCCAUCAUCCAGAACCGUCAUGCUCGUACUCCUCGCCCCUCUGCUGACCUCGAGGAGCUGAGCCCAUCAUCCAGAACCGUCAUGCUCGUACUCCUCGCCCCUCUGCUGACCUCGAGGAGCUGAGCCCAUCAUCCAGAACCGUCAUGCUCGUACUCCUCGCCCUCUGCUGACCUCGAGGAGCUGAGCCCAUCAUCCAGAACCGUCAUGCUCGUACUCUUCGCCCUCUGCUGACGUCGAGGAGCUGAGCCCAUCAUCCAGAACCGUCAUGCUCGUACUCCUCGCCCUCUGCUGACCUCGAGGAGCUGAGCCCAUCAUCCAGAACCGUCAUGCUCGUACUCUUCGCCCUCUGCUGACGUCGAGGAGCUGAGCCCAUCAUCCAGAACCGUCAUGCUCGUACUCCUCGACCCUCUGCUGACCUCGAGGAGCUGAGCCCAUCAUCCAGAACCGUCAUGCUCGUACUCCUCGCCCCUCUGCUGACCUCGAGGAGCUGAGCCCAUCAUCCAGAACCGUCAUGCUCGUACUCCUCGCCCCUCUGCUGACCUCGAGGAGCUGAGCCCAUCAUCCAGAACCGUCAUGCUCGUACUCCUCGCCCCUCUGCUGACCUCGAGGAGCUGAGCCCAUCAUCCAGAACCGUCAUGCUCGUACUCCUCGCCCUCUGCUGACCUCGAGGAGCUGAGCCCAUCAUCCAGAACCGUCAUGCUCGUACUCCUCGCCCCUCUGCUGACCUCGAGGAGCUGAGCCCAUCAUCCAGAACCGUCAUGCUCGUACUCCUCGCCCUCUGCUGACCUCGAGGAGCUGAGCCCAUCAUCCAGAACCGUCAUGCUCGUACUCCUCGCCCCUCUGCUGACCUCGAGGAGCUGAGCCCAUCAUCCAGAACCGUCAUGCUCGUACUCCUCGCCCUCUGCUGACCUCGAGGAGCUGAGCCCAUCAUCCAGAACCGUCAUGCUCGUACUCCUCGCCCUCUGCUGACCUCGAGGAGCUGAGCCCAUCAUCCAGAACCGUCAUGCUCGUACUCCUCGCCCCUCUGCUGACCUCUAGGAGCUGAGCCCAUCAUCCAGAACCGUCAUGCUCGUACUCCUCGCCCUCUGCUGACCUCGAGGAGCUGAGCCCAUCAUCCAGAACCGUCAUGCUCGUACUCCUCGCCCCUCUGCUGACCUCGAGGAGCUGAGCCCAUCAUCCAGAACCGUCAUGCUCGUACUCCUCGCCCUCUGCUGACCUCGAGGAGCUGAGCCCAUCAUCCAGAACCGUUAUGCUCGUACUCCUCGCCCUCUGCUGACCUCUAGGAGCUGAGCCCAUCAUCCAGAACCGUCAUGCUCGUACUCCUCGCCCCUCUGCUGACCUCGAGGAGCUGAGCCCAUCAUCCAGAACCGUCAUGCUCGUACUCCUCGCCCCUCUGCUGACCUCGAGGAGCUGAGCCCAUCAUCCAGAACCGUCAUGCUCGUACUCCUCGCCCUCUGCUGACCUCUAGAAGCUGAGCCCAUCAUCCAGAACCGUCAUGCUCGUACUCCUCGCCCCUCUGCUGACCUCGAGGAGCUGAGCCCAUCAUCCAGAACCGUCAUGCUCGUACUCCUCGCCCUCUGCUGACCUCGAGGAGCUGAGCCCAUCAUCCAGAACCGUCAUGCUCGUACUCCUCGCCCCUCUGCUGACCUCGAGGAGCUGAGCCCAUCAUCCAGAACCGUCAUGCUCGUACUCCUCGCCCCUCUGCUGACCUCUAGGAGCUGAGUCCAUCAUCCAGAACCGUCAUGCUCGUACUCCUCGCCCCUCUGCUGACCUCUAGGAGCUGAGCCCAUCAUCCAGAACCGUCAUGCUCGUACUCCUCGCCCUCUGCUGACCUCGAGGAGCUGAGCCCAUCAUCCAGAAUCGUCAUGCUCGUACUACUAGCCAUCAAUGUCCUUGUGUAGCCCGGCUCAGAAACUAGAUAGAACAAUCACCCUCGUUCUAUGCCCACUUAUCCAUCGUUGAACAAUGAGUAGCCUGCCACUUGCUGGAAUGCUGCUUUGUUAAGUCUAAAGAAAUAUAAGUAUUAAUUCACAAAAUGGUUCUUUUUCGAAACUCCAUAGAAUAUUAUAAAUAUAAGUUUUAUCUGGGACCUUAAUUUUUUUUUUUACAACAAGAACGCUUGAUAAGGUAUAUUACUCAAAUAAGGUCUUGGUAAGUUUGCUUGUAUCGAAUACACAGAAAUCUAAAACUCGGAAAAGUUUACAAAAAAUGGUUUUUAGGGGGUAUUUGUAAAUGUUACGAAUAUAAUGAAAGAUUCUUCAACUGAUUGUAUGAGACUUGUGGUUUUUAUGAAGUGUAAAUGUUAUUCUUAAUACAGGAAAAUGAAAUGGAAUUAUUACUAAAAUGAACUCUUUAGUAUACUAAAUUAAAAUAUAUAUAUAUAAUUUUCAGUGCUUCAAGGGCUUUUGAGUAGACCCACACUUUGUAAAAUGGUUUUGGUCAGCAAGAGUUAGUCUUACAGGAAAAACAAGAUAAGUCUAGAAUUAUUACACCAUACAUUAUCACUGCCAAUAUUUUUGGCUUAAUUUGCCAUUAAUACCGCCAGAAAAUUGCGCUAUAGUAUUUUGUCUGACUCCGGAAAAACUCUAAAGCUUUUCACAAUAAUCAUAUGUUUGCUGGAGCAUGGUUUCAAAUGCUUAGCGAUGUAGGUAAUUAUCAUUAAAAGUCCAUUAACUACAUGAUAUAGUGUUCUUGCCGCACUAAAAUAAGCACAAGAUUAAGGUUGGUGAGAGAGUUUGAGUCAGGAACUGACUAUCAAAAAUUUCAAAGAAUUCUGAGGAAGUGAAUACUACGGUCAGUUAUUUAAUUUUACAUUUUACUGGUAAUAAGUGACUUUAGUAAUAGUUUGUAGCUAUAUUUGUGUUACAUUGUUACCUUGUUCUAGACUAUAUUAAUUGUAUUUAGUUCGAGACUGAGACUUCGAGAAAAAAAUUCCAUAGCGUUUUACAGAGAAACAUAUUUGUAAAUUGUUUGUAUGAUAUUUUAUUAUCAAUAAAAUCAUUUUUAAAAGUCUG